GGCCGGCUCCGCAGCGGCGGUCGUGGCUGCAGCAGCCAGCGCUGGCGCCCGUUGCAGUACCGGCGCCGAUGUCUCCUGCGGCGGCCCGGCAAGGAAGAUGGCGCCGUCCCACGUCCUCAAGUGUUGCCAGAAGGUGUUGGCCUGGGUGCCCGUGGCUUUCAUCGCCCUGGUCGUGGCCUGGUCCUACUACGCCUACGUGGUGGAGCUGUGUGUGUUUACUAUUUCUUCAACUGCAGAAAAAGCUGUCUCCUUGCGGUUUUGCAUCUGUCAUUUUUCAUGUUUGUGUGGUCCUAUUGGAAGACAAUUUUCACAUCGCCUGCAUCCCCCUCUACAGGAGUUCUGCUUGUCAAAAUCUGAUAAAGAACAAUAUGAAAAAGAAGAGAGACCAGAAUCCCAGCAGGAGAUUUUGAGAAGAGCUGCUAAAGACUUGCCUAUCUAUACCACAACAGCAUCGAAAGCAAUCAGAUACUGUGACAGAUGCCAGCUAAUCAAACCUGACCGCUGCCACCACUGCUCUGCUUGUGACAUAUGUGUACUAAAAAUGGACCACCAUUGUCCCUGGGUGAAUAAUUGUGUGGGAUUUUCUAACUACAAAUUCUUCCUCCUGUUUUUAAUGUAUUCCUUAUUGUACUGUCUGUUUGUUGCCGCUACAGUCUUGCAGUACUUCAUAAAGUUUUGGACAAAUGAAUUGCCAGAUACCCAUGCAAAAUUCCACGUACUCUUCCUUUUCUUUGUGGCAGCCAUGUUCUUCAUCAGCAUACUGUCACUCUUCAGCUACCACUGCUGGCUAGUUGGCAAAAACAGGUCAACCAUAGAAACAUUUCGUGCACCCAUGUUUCGAAAUGGCCCUGAUAAAAAUGGCUUUUCUCUUGGAUACAGCAAAAAUCUGAGGGAGGUUUUUGGAGAUGAAAAGAAGUAUUGGCUAAUCCCUAUCUUUACCAGUUUGGGAGAUGGUUGUAAUUUUCCAACUCGUUUGGUGAUUAUGGAUCCAGAGCAACUCGCUGUCUCAAGCCAAAAUGAACCUGCCAAAAGCUCUGGAGCCAAUCAGUCAUUCCCUCCUCGACCACUCAGUGAAUCACAAAAUCGAUUGCUAGCCAGUGACAGUCAGUGGGUGGAAAGUGGCCCUGAAGAGCAAGGUGUUAAAUCAGGUGCAAAAAAGCAUAUUAUAGUUUCAUUGGAAAGCUGAUCUCAGUUUAUUACUAACCAACCAUCUCAGUGAGAAACAGGUUUCUGCAACACAUUUUGUGCUUGAAUAUUACUUAAUUUUGUUUGGAAGAAAUUGAUGAGUAAAGAAAUGGAGCAUGAACAUUUUAGGAAGAGAAGAAAAUCAAGUUUCUACACAGUACAAUGGAUUAUUUUAAGCACUAUUGCGGAGCAGGGAAGUUAAGACAGAUGCCUUAAGAUUCUUAAUGUGCAUUUAUGCAACACUGAAUUAUAUACUGCUACCAAAGGGCCAAAUCCUGAAGUGCCCUGCUUGGAUGCACAAGGUCCAGAGUGGGAACUAUGCAUUUCUGUUAUGCUGCAGUGGUGAGGGUAGAUUGCAGAGACUCCUACCUCCCCACGGGCAAACUUGACACCUUACGCACUGCAGAGGUCACUUCCAUAGCAGUCUCCAGGGUACAGAAAUAAAGAAAAAAGGAUGGGAUAGGGGUGAGAAAAAUAGACAUUGAGUAUGACCAGUGAGUCUGAAGAGUGACUAUGCAUAGUUCGAACACCAGGUGAUGGGGAAGGGACUGGAUGAUGUGUUCUCCCCUAUUGUAUUAACCAGUCUACUCCAUGAUCAUAACUCUCCAAGUCUUUUGAGACUGAGGAUUCCUUCUACUAGCUGCACUUUGGAGCAAAGCAAUGCCAGCAACAUAAAAGCCUGUGUGUUGCUUUUUCACUAUAGGAUUGAGACCCCUCAGCAUUUUAACUUGACUUAUUUAACCAUAUGAAGAACAGAGCUCAAAGAAACAAGCUCAUUUUUUUAGUUAAAAAACCCAUGAAUUAUUACUUUGCAACAAUUGUCUAUCAGCAUACAAAGAAAAGCCAUUCCAAAAAGGAAAUAGCAGUCAUUACUUUUUCUGUUCAUGUCAACAUUGUUCUGUAUGAGACAGUAACAAAAUGGUAAAGUACCCCUGAGAAAAAUUUUAUUGCAGUUGUGCAUUGUUAGAAAAUGGAACUGGAAGAAUACUCAUUUUUCUAUGGGACUCUUGAUGGUUUACAAGUACUGUUUUUUACUUCUGUUUUAUCUUUUUAAUAAAGGCACAAGUUUUUAUUGGCUGCUAAAGUACCAUUUAAACAAAUAUCAAAUACUUACGAGAAAAUUAGUGUUAGGUCAUACAUCUGUGUUAACACACUGAAAAAUUGUGUGCUUUAGUUUGCCACUUUCAAGCCUAGUUUAAGUGAUGCUGAAAUUGCUAAAGGUUGAGUGUUUUGUACACUGAUGUACCUGGCACAAAAGGCAAAAUGUGCUUCCUCUGUGAGUCCACCCUAAGAUCAAGACCUAGAGCAAACAACAUGGAUUUUUUUUUCCCAUGACUCCUCCAUAGAGAAGACUGCUGACUCAUCUUUGGGUGGUAUUGGGGUUUUGCACUUGGCAAAUAAUGUUUUCCUGUCUGUAUUUUUUCUGAUGUUCAGCUGAUGCUUAUUACAGACAGACAUGAGCCCUUUUAGUACAGACUAAAGGUAGUAGCUCAUCUGGAUGAAAAGCACCUGUUUUGUUUCUCUCCUAGACUAACUUCUACUUAGGUCAAACAUGUUUACCAUGGAGAUAUAAAGGUACCAAAUAAGAGGUUGAAGAGCUUUUUUUUUCCUUUGGAAAGAGUAAUUUUUUUUCUUAAAUAAUGAUCUUCUAGAACAAGAACACGCUGAGAUCCUACACACUUGAUUUGGUCACUGUUAGGUAUUCUUGAGACAGAAGUGUAAUUGUCCAAACUUGCAUGUUUUAUGAAAGUUACAGAUUGUUUCUUCAAACUUUGUACAAGAAAUUUUGGUUUUGCUGAUUUCAUAUCUUCCCAAAACAUUUGCUACAUAUUAAUCUGAAAAGUUUAGCUUUUACUUCUCAAAUGUCAAGUGAGAAGAGCUCAUCUGAAUAUCAGCUCUCAGCAGUUCUGCACCAGUAAAAUUUCUUGGUGAAGACAACAGAGACAGAAGACUGCAAGUUCGAGUUUGCAGCCCCAAACACUGGUGGAAUUGUAAUGGAGGGCUUGAGAUACCAUCUGGUUUUACUGCAUCAGUGUAUUGCAGCUGAGAUAUAACAUACAUGGUCAUAAUCUAGUGGAACUGUAAGUAAAAUAUGUCCCUUAUAUGGUAAAUUCAGUAAUAUGUUCUCUACUCCCCCACUCCCCAAUAUGCUCAAUAUGCCCCCUAUAUGAAUGUAUAUAUGCUCUAGGCUAACAUCAGUAUAACUUGUUUGAUUAUUAAGUCAGGAUAGUUAAUCUACAGGAGAAACUGCAAGCAAACAGACUGGGCUAACUCUGUGUGUGUUCUCUAGCAAGUGCUGGUCUUCUGAACCCAGUUCUUUGUAUAUCUGAUGGACAUUCUUUUGGCUUUUCUUGAAAAUCUGACGUUUCUGACAUUUCUGUGCAUAUCACAGGUAGAUUUUGUUCUAGGUUGUCAUGUUUCAGAUGAGAAAAGGAGGAGAGCAGUGACCUUAGGAUACUCCUGAGGCCAAAGUUAUGGCUGGUAUAAAAGCAGGGAUUCAUGAAAAGUCACUUUGACAAAUAUGAAACGUAGCAAAAUAAUUCAAAUAUGAUUGUUCCAAAUACACUGUCCCAAGCCCCCUCCUCUCUGCCCUCACAAGUACCAUCCCUUCUUUGGUGAGCUGGUUAUUAGGAGAAACUUCAGACUGAUAAAAAGGAAUUAAGUUCUCUGGGGGAAUUGUAUCCAUAAACUCUAAGGACACACCAGUGAGUGGGAUGGGGGGGUUGGGUUUUCCUGGCAGGCCCUGGCUGCAGAGGAGGUGUCUCAUCUCAGGUGAGAGGACGCUGUCUCUGUCUUUCAGAGCCCUGUCCUGACAGUUCCCUGGCCAUAAGGAAGGGUAUUCUGUACUGUAUCAAAGAGUAGACAGGCAAAAUGAAGGACCAUGCCAGAAAUUAAGAAGUGUGUGAGGACAAAGAGCUGUUUGGCUGUUGAGUUGCAAGCAGGCUUGGGGAUCACUGCCAGCAGAGGCUGGGGGGCUGUCGGAGUGCUCCAGGAAACAGGUCCUUUUAACCUAUCCACUGAAGAGCUGAACAGUUCCAGUGAAUGCAGUGAGAAGAGCAGCCUUUCCUGUUCAGGAGACCAGAAGGGAGAUGGAUCCUGAGAAAAUAACUCUUCAGGGUGCUGGGUCAUGUUUUAUGUGCUGGUUUUGUGCUUUAACCUAUUCUGUAUCCACAAGUCUUAAUAAUAUCUAGAUUAUCACUAAAAAUAACAGCCCUUAAGCUUUUAGAUCUAUCAAAAUAAUUACUAUUGCAAGCUAUAAAUAGCAUUGCAGUUAUUGUAGGAUAGCUGAUACUGGCUGAAAUUAGAAGCUAUGCUUUAGUAUUUCUUACUGUUGUUUUUUUAUAAAAAAUUCACAUACAUACAAGACUCAUGCACACAAACUUAAACUCCCAGUGUGAGGACAGAAGCCUGACUUAGGACAAGAUUUCAGUGAGAUGACUCCUCAAGAUUUUUGAAAUGUCAACAUGAUAAACUUGUCCCUGUGAAGAUAAAAGCAGGGAGAUCCAUGAAUAGAAAACUCAAAACUACACAGCUAUUACUGUUGUUUUGGGUUUUUUUCUUAACAACUAUUUAUUCACAGGCUGUACAACAAACAUAUACAUAAUUGUUGCCCCUACUGAAGGCAAAUUAUAGGAAGAAGGCAGGAGGAGGUGUAGGUUUCUUUCAUAACUGAUUUCCUACAGCAUUAUCUUGAGAUUACAGCAUCAUAACUUAGAUUCAUCAUAAGAUUCAUCAUUCACUGACUGAAAAAUCUUCCAUUUUAAAUAUUCAUAGGGUUAUUUUUAAAGGGAUUUUGGGCACUUUUUUUUUAGUGUUUUGAGUGGAAAUUAUGGAAACAUUUUUGUUUAAAGCUGCUCCUUGAGUGUGGAAUUCACAGGUACCAAGCAAACUUUUGGUAUGCCAUUCUUAAAAACCGGUCCAGUUCUCCAGAGUGCUAAAUGCCUGCAGUUUUCAGGUACUGCUUCUUUUGUUUGAUCUUUUUGGGCUCUUAAGUGUUGAAAAUAAUCUAUCCUCCAAAUAACUUCUUGAUCUCUCUGAAGUAUGGUCCAGUUGCAGCUCUCCAAAGGACCAAGGUGGGGUGUUGGUGGAAAGCAAGAGUUAGCAGUAGCAUCUGGCAGAUUUAUCAAGCAUUGACUCUGAUGUAAUUAACCAGAUCUGCCUAGAUCUAGAAUGCUGACUGACCAUAUUUAUUAAAAAAGAAAAAAGACAACCAGAAAACAACAAACAACUUUGAGUUCCAUAGCAUAUGUUAUCUGAAAACACUGUCUAAACUUGUACAUAAUGGGUGAUUCAGGUAUACAUUUACAGAGGGUCUGAGGAGUGGCUACGUUCAAGUGCAGAUGAAGAACAUUUCUUUCACAGUACCUAAGAAACAGUGAGGUAAUGCCACAUCAGAGGCCCCUCUGUCCCUAAAAGGCACCAAAGAGAGCAGCUGCAUACGAAGUGUUUUGUUACAAUACUGAGCAUUUACUACACUCAUUUCUAUCAAUUUAUUUUGUAUAUAUAGACAACUUUUUAUAUGCAUUUUUCUUAAUUACAUAAUUGUCAUGAAAUGUAAUGAAGCUACAAAUUGUAGUUUUAAUGCUGAUUAAAACUGGUGUUUGGCUGUUUGUUUUCUGCAGCAAUUACUUGAAUCUUGUUUCCAUUAGGUAGUGAAGUCUGAUAAUGUUUACAGGAUUGCUUUACUUGGUUUUUGAGGGGGUUUCUCCUUCUUUCUUCCCAGCCUCUGCCCCAAGACAGAGCUCAUGCUCAGCAGCCAGGCAGAUGUGUUGGGGGAUGAAGCACUGGGAUCACCCCUAUGGGCACUAAGGCAUUAAUGGUGACAGGCAGAUUCCCUUCUGUUUACAUUGCCCAGCUGACAACUUCAGUGUUUACCACGCUCCUCUCAAACUUGUCCUGUCCCUUCACCUGUUGCUAUCAGCUUGACUGUGAGACAUUUACUUCUUUAACAACAGCAAUUUCCACCAUAAAAACAUCACAGAAAGAGGCAGCACUCCUGCUUUUAAGUCUUCCCCUUCCCCAAUCCCCUUCUUAAAGCAGAUGAAUGAAACAUCCCUGGGUUUCUUAGCAAUUAUUUUUGCAUUUGCCAGCAAGGGUCAUCAACAUCUGCACUAAUAAUGGUCCAGCUCUUCUACUUCCAUGUAACUUUUUCUGGUUGUGCUGCCUAAACUUGUAAGGACCUGUAUUUAAAUCUGAGGUGAAGUGUGAAAGAUAUAUGUAAUAAUUACACAUUUAUUGUAUUUUUUAUGUUGCAGAUAGGACUAGUCUUACGCACAGAAAAAAUGCAUUGCCAUUUGUAGUUUAUUACUUGAAGUAACUUUUUAAAAUGGGCUUUUAUAAAUUAAUUAAAUACAAAAUCACAUUGCUUUGCCUCAGUUUUCUUGUUUUAAUUGUAUCAUGCAGUUUCCCCCUAUGUAUUCUUCUCCAUGUUACCUUAAGCCACUUACAGCCUUUGAAAGUGCAAAGAUUUUGUACAUCAGUGUUCAGACCUGUUCAAACUUCUCUGAAGUAUAAUUCAUGUUUAAAUAAAAAAGUUGUACCACUUUA